UUUAUGAUGGAGAGCACACUGGAUAGACUCUCUCUUCUUCUCCUUCACUGACCACAUGUGACAAGUUGAAGUGAAGUCAGAAUGACUCUGGUGUCUCCUCUGUGAGCUCUCCUUUGCGCGCUCGUGUCUCAGCCUGGAUGAUGGAGGUGGAGGCGGAGAGCUGCUGGCAGCGUCUGCUCAGGCUGCUCCUUCUGAUCUGCUUCAUGCCUCUCCGCAGCUCGGCCAUCGAGACCGUGAACGUGGUGGACUUCUGUGGCCAGACGAUCCGCAGUGACGGCAUGAUCGUCAACUCACACCAGGAAUCCAAGAAGUACUACUUUGUGACCAUGGCAACUGACUGCCAUCUCACAAUGCAGGCCAGCUCCCCUAAAGACAAGGUCCAGUUCCACUUCCGCUUCUUUCUGGUAUACAGUUUGCUACGAGUGGCCCCUCUGAGCCCGGCCCCUCUGCUUCCAGAGUCCCCUCGAGGCUCCGCCCCUCUCAACCCCAGACUGGAGCCCACAUCUGGUGAAAGCUCAGGAGAUCCAUGUCAUGCUGGCUCAUAUGUCCAGUUCUAUGACGGACGGGACAGGAGCUCGCCUCCCCUCGGGCCUCCUCUUUGUGGGAAGAGCCCACCCCGGCCGGUGCUGUCCACAGGAAACUACCUGACCCUGAGGCUAGUGACCCGGGGGACUCAACCCAGAGUGGACUUUGUGGGGGACUUCACCUCCUUCAGACUGGGUUUUAACCAAUCUCAGUGCAGCAAUGAGCCCUAUUUCACCUGCAGGAAUGGGAAGUGUAUCCCUCUCAGUCUGGUGUGUGAUGAUAAAGGCAUUGACAACUGUGGGGAUGGCAGUGACCUGGAGGAAAACCUGACUACAGGUUGUAAAGCAGGUCAGCUUUUACCUCCUGAACCUCCACCGCCAAUAGCAACCCCACCUCCACCUUUUGUAAAUCCACCCACAGUGCCGAUGUCUUCACACAUCAAUUGUGGCAUGCCAGACAGCGCUCCCAGUCAUGAGUCUGUAACAGACUCCCCCGCCUCCCUGUCCCUGUUGGUUCUCUACAUCAUCCUGGGAGUAGUGGCAGGCAGCGUGGUGCUCUGCUGGUGCUGCUGGUCACCCGGCUGGUUCCUGUGGCGCGUCAGCUUCUGUCGCUUCGUACCUUGCUGCAACUCGGCCUGCGCCUCCUGCCAGCUCUGCGCCCGCAGCUGCACCAACAGCAAGGAGCGCCGACUGGCAAAAGUUACCCCACACACACCAGUCAACGGCACCCCGGCAGGCCCGGCGGCCACCAACAACAGUGCUGAUGAAAAUGUAACCACGGCAGCUGUCUAGAGCAGGAGGACUAUGAUCAGUUUUGUCAUGUUGGGACAUGGGUGCAGUGGUAUGCUGAUACUGAGCUGUGAUCAGUGAACAGACAUGAACAGCUGCUGCGUGAGGCAGUGCAACAUGACCAAGAAUCUUUACAAUGAAGGUUGGACUGAUGUGGUCCAGUAUGUAAUUCUGAAAUGAGCAGAGCUGAACGGUUUAACUGUGGUUUGUGUGCUUUAAAUGUGAUGAUGCAGGUGAUGACACUGUUGUGUUUAUAUAAGAAAGUAAAGCAGGGUACAGUAUGACUAUGGAUUGUGUAAAAAGUAUGAAUGUAUCUGAAAGGAUAAGAUAAAGGGUUCUUACAAUUACUAAAGAAACAUUUGUUCAUGUACACAGCACAUUUCACCUGUUUCCAAGUUAUCUCUUAUGUGUUCAUGAUGGCAGCACAUUCUUUUUAGGAGAUGGCUUAUGAAGUUAAACAUGUGCAGCCUUUUAUGGCAAGCCUUUUUAACAUUUAGUGAUUUAGUUUUUACCAGUGGAAAUGACUUCCCAACAUGUCAAAAUGUCCUUCAAGAUAUCUGUAAAACAAUUUUGACAUGUUACAAAUAUAUUUUCACAUGUAGACACUACAUUUUGACUAGUCAUAACUGAUUUUUUGACAACUUUGAUUGAAUUAUAGAUAUGAGUAAUUUCAUUUUCACUAGUAGAAAUAAGAAUUACAGAUAUCUACAAUUAAAUUUUUACAUGUUGAAAAAGGAUUGUGACAAGUGGAAAUGUAAUUACCCAUUUCAGAUACCAACAAUCGAAUUUUCAAUAUGUAUGACAUAUCAACAAACCAUUUCGAAUAAGUGGGCAUCCUGACAUUUAAGUACCACAGAGCCAUUGGUCCACUUUCAAAUUAUCAUAUACAUUUCAGAUGUGUAGUCAAAGUAGCGUAUUUAUUUUGGAGAUGUAUGUAGCCUACGUUAUUGAAGAUUCCUACAAUGACAUUUCAACUAGUGGACAUUCUAAAAUUCAAUUCUGAGUAGUUACAAAAAAAAAAAGUAGAUAUCCCAAAUAUAAGUUUUACUUUUACUUAUAUCAUUUCCACUAUAGUUACAAUUGUAUUUGAGAUAUCGGAAAUGUAAUUCUAGAUAUUUGAAAUUACAUUCUUACUAGUUACAAUUCCAAGCCGACAUACCAAUAAUUUAAUUUUGACUUGUCAGAAAAAUUUAGAUAUCUAGAAUUAUAUUUUUGAUAUCUGUAAUAUAAGAACAGUUGUAUCUACAAUGACCACUGCCACAAGCAAGAACUGAAUUGUUGAUAUCAACAGUUGACACCUGUAAGAAAUGAAUUGUAGAUAUCUUAAAUUAGAAUUGCUAAUGGUCAGGAUUACAUAUUGGAUAUGUUGUUAAGCAGUUGUUAAUAUCUGCAAUUGUUAUUAUCGCUACCAAAUAAUUGUUAAAAGGGCUUGCCUUUAAUGUUUGGCCAGUUUUCAGAGAAGAAAAUGAAGAGUGUAAAGUUGUUGGUGUAAACAGUUUUUAGUCAUAUGUUUGUAUAUAGACAUGCUUUUCUGCUCUGCCUUAGAGGUACCGUUUUUAUCAUGCAGUGAAAUUAUACUUCAAGUCCACAGCUUCGACCAAAACUAUGCCAUGGACACAUGCUGUGGCAAACAGCCCCACAACUACAAAGUCACCCACCUGGUGACAACAGCUGUUCUCCCUUGGAGAAAUUCCUUCAGACUUUCCACUCUCCUCCCAGCAGUCCACUGUUGCUCCACAUAUAAACCAAUGUGGAGUUUGAAAAAUAGAGCACAAGUCACCCAGUGUAUAGCAGUCGACAUUUUGUAGGGCAAAACUUUUUGCUAAGUAUGAACUACUAACGUGCUAUUGUGUGGACAAAAUAAAGAUAAAGCAAAUUACAACAGAGUUUCAUGCUGAGUAAUCAGUUUAAAUCAGUAAAGGAUUGUCAGCAUUAGUACACAGAUUAGUACCUGUAGCUGUGGUUGACACACUUUGAGGGGUGAAACUGAAAAAUGAAAUGAUAAAAAUAAAAAACAGUAUUGUGUUGAUCAUUUGCGAUUACAAUACAUUUAAAAAAAAAAGGUGAAGAAUGUAGCUAAAAUACAUUUAUAACUUGAAAGGAUGAAGAUGUGAAUCAUUUAACAAAAAACAAUGAUUUGACAAACACUCCUCUCCAUUCUGUCAGUGUUUCCUGUGGUGUGAUUAUUUAUUGUCAUUCUUGUCUUUAAUGUGCACUGGCCAAUGCGUCAACCAUAAACAAUCCCUCUGCCACCUCAAGCCAGAUUAUGGUUGUAGUUUCCGGAACUUUUUAAGUCUUGGCUGUAUUUCAGCCUGCCCAUUUUCUCUCCAUGUGUAAAGUUUCAGCCUCAACUAGGAGACUGCUGUUCAUGUCUUUGGUGAUCCUCUGACUUUUCAUCUAGUGCCAUCACCAGGUUCAAUUUUAUUUGUCUAAUACUUUGGUUUAUGCCCAAAUAUCUGCAAAACUGAUGAUAUCACCGUCAGCGUCAACUACAGGCUACAUUGUGUUUACUGAUAAUUAGCAAAUAGUAGCAUGCUAACAUGGUAAACAAAAAUGCCAAACCUGGUAAAAGAUCUACCUGCCUGAUAUAAGAAUUAAUCGUCAUUGUGAGCAUGUCAUCGCGUCAGCCUUAGCAUUUAGCUCAAAGCAUUGCUGUACCUAAAAGUUGCCAGUGUGCAUUUUUGUAAAUCAUGAAUAUGUUACAUUUGCAUGUUUCAUACAGAUCAUAUAAAUGUUAUGAAAGUGACAUAGUUUAUGAAAUGACUUUGUCAUCAGUGAGCAAGACGACAAAAACAAAACCUGCUGUUUUUUGGUGACCCAUCAUUGUAUUUCCUGCCAUGAUAGUGCAACAAUUGGCAGUUUGUACCAAUAUUGAGGCAUCGCUGUGAUUCCAGCGAGGUUUGUGCCACUUACUUCAUCAUUUAAUAUUUGUGAGUUCCACAAAGUAUGUGGACAACUGAACAUUAUGUCCAUAUGUGACUGUUGACCAUGUCAAUGCAGACACAUGGACAUCAAUAUGCUGCUGUAACAGACUCUCUUGAUGUAAUGUUGAGAUUUUUUUACUUCAUUGGACAGAAGGGACCCAUCCAAAACCAGGAAAAACAUAUGUAAAUAUGUGGAUAGGAAUGUCUACUUUUAGGUAAUCAUUGGUGUGAGUCAUAAACUUCUAUGCAAAAAAAAGAAAGCAAUGGAAAUGAGAUUGUGAACUAACCAAACCAAGAGAAGAUGUUCUUAUUUUGCCAUGAAGUAAAUCAAAAUUUGGGUUUGAUGUCUUAGCAAAAUCCUCUGUUCUCUCCCAGGCUUCAUAUAGGCCACAUCACAUAGUAUAGUAUAGUCAAGCCCCCUGUCCUCUCCUCCCUUUACCCAGAUUGAUGCUUCAUGUGAGGGGCAACCUGUGUUCAUGUGUCCACCAAGCAAACUUUCUUUGUGGCAUCCUCUAGAUGGAGUAGCUCCAUAACCUUUCCUCCCUUUGCCACACUGUGUGUUGUGUAGAUACAUUACACAGAGCCCCCUGUGCUGUCCUUUUAGGGAUUUAGGGAUUUUGAGUCCUUGGUAAGGUAUAAGGCCAUAUGCUUAAACAAAUAAUGUGUUUCUGACCUCCACGUUGCCAGGCUGCAGCACACUGAAACAUGCAGACUUCUUUAUCUGUCUUGCUUUCUGCUGAGACUGUACGGGAAUACACGUGCAUCCGUACACUCAUCAGACAACACACACACACACACACACACACACACACACACACACACACCAAGCACAGUAUACAUCCAGUCAACCCACAUGCACUCAGACAUGCAGGCGUGACGUGAAGGUCAGCUCUCCAGCUGGAUUCCUGUCAGCAAGGCUUCACUGACAUCUAACUUUAAGUUUAAGCUUUUAUCAGUUUCCUCAAAUCAUUUCAUUGAUAAAUCCCACUAUUACAGGCUGAUUUCACCAGCUCUGUGUGUUGUAAACACAGAAUCUUUGACAAUGUGAGAAUCUCUGGAAGUUAAUUACAAUCAAAGUACGAUUAAAUUGUUAAAGAAAUGGCAUCUGAUCCGUAAAGCCGCACUUAUCAAUAUUUUUAUAGCAAAUGUGUAAAGUACAAGGGGUCACUCAACAUUAGGAACCAAAAAAGAAGUAUCACCUAACUUUGCAGCUCUGUUCUACAGGUUUUAACCUCUUUUAGCUCAUUGUUUUGGUUUUGUGGCUCUCAGCUACCUUAUAUCUAGCAGCACCUAUUUUCAGUGGGAAAAGCCCACUGUGUACUACCAGCUUACCACCAAACAGCACACAGGCAAAGUUGGCAACUAGCUGGUGAACAUAGUGAAACAUUUAGCUGCUAAGGGGACAGAUAUUUCCUUCAGGAGUUGGUGGAGACCAAAAACAGAGCUAAAAGAUUGAAUAUUGGACUUUGAUCUGGAUGACACAACUCCAUAUAAAUGCUAAUGUUGCUCUGUGCAUGCUGGAUGUAUAAAAAGGAAACUGCUUACGAGUCCACCAUAAUACCUUUAUAAGGUAAUAAUAUGUCAUUGUGUUUGCUGUGUUUCCACUUCACCCACAUGGCCCAAAAAAAAGUCAAUUCAUGCAGCUUUAAAAGGUGUUUAUUGUAUUUUUCCAACAAUAUACAUUUUUAAAAAAAAUACUGAUUUGAUUUGUUGGUAAGGUAUAUAGUGUCAAGACAUUCUUAACAUGUGUUAUAUUGCAUAAAAAAUAGAUAAUGAAGAUUUGCUUGUAUUAUAGAAUAUUACAAGGAAUGUUUUCUAUUUUAAAAAGUUUAAGGCUGCUUUGUUUUCGGUGUGUUUUUUGUUUGUUUGUUUGUUUUGGUUUGUUUUUGACUACUCAGUGCUUACAGAUUGAUUAAUAUUUCAGCUGUGUCAGUCUUUGUUAUGUAAAUACUGUGGUGAUGAUGAUACUGCAAAAUAGAAAUGUACUGUGGCUUCUUAAUGCCCAGAGUUUUCCCAUAAGUUUUCUGUUAUAUCAAGGAAUGAAAAAAUCACAAUGACAGUAUUAUAGUAUAUUCUGUCACUUCACUUCAGUAAAAUGAUGUUUAUACCGAGUGAAAUGUUCAAACUCAAGAUGCCUUGAGAGAAAUAUUCUUCACUAGACAUCCCAAUAAAGUUUAGAG